GCGUCUAGUACCCAAAAAUAGUUGUGCGUCUUGAAAAAAAUGUGCCAAAUACUGGCAAUACUUAUCAUCUUUGCCAUAUAUAUUCAGGAUGUGCGAGGUGGUUGCUCUCGCAUUCCUCAAGGAGCCAGUGGUCAACGUUCGGCAGUCGACGAUAACUUUAAGAUACUGAUCGAUGGCAAUCCUGAGGCUUAUAUACCCGAUCAUCAAUACAACGUGUCGCUCUCGUGUCCCAUAAAUAUGAAGUUCAUCAGCUUCACGCUGGUCAUUGAGGCAGAGGAUCAAUCCGUUGGCUACAAUUCCCACGAUAUGACUGGACAUUUUGAGUUGUUCAACGGUGCAGAGACAAAGUUUAGUUCUGGCUGCGAGAAUAUGAUCGAGAGCACAAACACAAAUGCCAAGACACGCAUCGAUGUUUCGUGGGUGGCACCCAAGAAUCCCAGCAGCGGCUGUGUGUUUAUUAAAGCUGGUAUUGUGCAGCAUCGUGAUGUGUGGUUCAUCGAUGAUGGUUUCCUCACCAAACGUAUCUGUCCAGAAGAGAUUGAUGAGUUGAAUAAUGUUACCCCUGCCCUGCAAAAUUGCUGUGCCUGCGAUGAGGCUAAGUACGAGAUUGUUCUGGAGAGUAAGUGGGGGAGGAAUACACAUGCCAAAGACUUUCCUUCAGAGAAGGGACGCACCCGCAUUGGCGACGUAAUUGGUGCCUCGCACAGCAGUAGCUAUCGAUACUGGGCUUAUGGGGGAAGGGCUUCCAUUGGAGUACAGGAAAUGGCGGAGCAUGGCUCCACACGAUCCUUAGAGCAGGAGAUCAGAGAUAACACUCAGAAUGGCGAGGUGCGCACCAUUAUCAAGGCUCCUGGAAUUGUAAACCGUGAGAAUGUGUAUGGCACAACUUUGGCGAAUGCCCGAGUGGAUCCCCAGCAUCAUCAGAUAUCCUUGGCCGCCAAAGUAGAUCCCUCGCCAGACUGGAUUCUUGGAGUAGCUGGCUUGGAGCUCUGUUUAAGCAACUGUACCUGGCUGGAGCGUAAAGUGUUAAAUUUAUAUCCUUGGGACAUUGGUACUGAUUCAGGACCUUCAUACAUGUCACCCGAUCAGCCGCAGGUGCCACCCGAUGUGAUCCGUCGCAUUACAUCCUCGUAUCCCAGCGACCAUCGCUCACCGUUCUUCGAUGAAUCCGGAACACCUAUGAAACCUCUGGCCACGCUGUACGUCACCAGAAAGAAGCUGUACAUACGGGAAUGUGAGGAAGUACCUCAAGAAGGACCAUUGGAGUGCGCCACACAUCCUUGGAACGACUGGAGUAACUGCAGUACACGAUGUGGCCCUGGCUAUUCGCAACGCUUUCGCAGCUUCAAAAACCCAUCGCUAGCAGCCAGUUACAAUUGCGACAGGCACUUAGAUGAGAGUCGUCAAUGUCAAGGCACUCAAUGCGGCGCGGAAGAGGAGAUAGAUAACGGCGACCCAAAUAAUUAUAAUCCCGACGGACGGGAAUCGGUGGCCGAGUGUGAACUAACUAAGUGGAGCGAUUGGUCUCCGUGUUCAAAGGUCUGUGGUCGUGGCUUUUCAACACGCACACGCGACUACUUCAAUCCCCAGGCAAGGGCGCAGUGUCAGGCAGCAUUGAGAAUGCCCUUAGAAGAGUCCAUGCUAUGCACGGGCACCGAUUGUGGCGGCAUAAUACCUGACAAUGGAGAACUAGAUGGUAUGCAAGAACCCGAAGACAAUGCAAAUUCUCCAGCUUGGAGCUCAUCCAACAAUAACAACAGAUUCGCGACUAACAGAAAUGACGAGGGUCAAAGCUGGAACUCCAACAACUUUGACACAAACAAGGAUAACUUUCAAUCUGAGAACCAGCGCCGCCAAAGCUGGAACAGCAACAAUUUCGAUCGUAACAUAGAUAAUUUUCAAAGUGAAAGUCAACGUGGCCAAACUUGGAACAGCAACAAUUUCGAUCGUAACACAGAUAAUUUCCAAAGUGAAAAUCAACUAGGCCAAACUUGGAACAGCAACAAUUUUGAGCGUAACAGAGACAAUUUUCAAAGUGGAAAUCAACGUGACCAAAGUUGGAACAGCAACCGCUUCGAUAGUAACAAAGUCAAUCUUCAAAGUGCAAAUCAGGGAGGUUAUAAUUCUAAUCCUCGUCGGCCGCUCGAGUUUGAUCGCUUCAACAGUUAUGAGAAAGAGCCGGUAACGGAAAACCUACCAAGGAAUUAUCAGGGACAACGUAACGAUUUCACACGUAACUUAAACAGAGGCAAUACAUACCAAAGAGAGAAUGAUCAAGAUAUAACCACCAAGCCAUAUGAUGCCACGAACAAUGCACGUUAUCAGAAUCGACAGUCGGAUGUCAGUAAGGAUUUUAAAAUAGUGCAGGACUAUUGCUACGAGAAACCCUUUGCCUCGACCAUACCCUGCCUGACCACUCCUGUUAUUGUGGGAAACUUCUGGUUUUAUGAUCACGAUAGUCACGAGUGCAAGAUCUUUACCACAGACAACUGCGAUGAGAAUCUUAAUAAGUUUCGUACCUUGUUGGCUUGCGAAGGCACCUGUCUGAAGCCCCAAAUGAACUGGGCCCGCACCGUGGAGGAUGACGUUACUGGCGACAUACAGUCCAGCGGAAGAGAUUAUGGUGGUGGAUUCGGACAGUCGAUGUCUCAGACAAACAAGAAAUAUGGCAAUACAAGACGUGGAUACUAUGGCAGCUGAGCAAAGCAAAAUUAAUAAAUAAAUGUUUACUGGUUCCAUGUUUUUCUGUCUAUCGUAUAGCUUACAUUCAAUUAGACACCUAUGAAAAUAAAAAUACACCUAUUGUAUUAAUAAAAACAAGUAAGAAAGUUACAGUCGAGUGUGCUCGACUGUGAGAUACCCGCUACCCAUUUUGAAUAAAAGCAAAAUAUUGCGGUAUUUUUUCAAAAUAUACCAA